CUGAGCCCUUGGGCUGUGAUAGAAUAAUGAAGGCAAUGAUAAUAAACGUCUGGCUCGUGUUUAUAAUGCGCGGAAUAUAUGAAGACUCCCAUCACACAAGAAUAUAAAGGGGUUGAUGAUGCUCUGUUCAGUGGAUGUGUACGGACGGGUGUUCAGUCUGUCUGCCGCCAGAGGGCGCUGGACACGCGCAUCUGAUCUGCUGCUCGAGCUGAAGCGCGUGUCAGGCUCUCAGCACUGCUGCUGGGGAGUUGGCUGUGACAAUCAGCUUUAUCUCAAUGUCUUCCCCUGUGAUGUGCCUAUCCGACACCUGGAAGAGACCUAUGAGAACCAGAGAUGGAACCCAGUUGAAGGUUAUACAGACACACUUCUGCCGACAGAUCGCUGGCAGUGGACAGAUGAGUCUGGCUUGAAUCAACAGCCUCUUCACAGCUUUGUGUUGCCUUCUGCUAACUGGGAGUGGGAGGGCGACUGGUACGUGGAUGAUGAAAGCUGUGGAAGAGAAUCCACUGAGACCGGGGGAUGGCAGUAUGCAGUGGACUUUCCUGCCAUCUUCACCAAAGAGAAGAAGUGGAACUCAUGUGUCCGUCGCAGGCGAUGGCUUCGCUACAGGAGAUACAAAGCGCUGGGAUCAUGGGCCAAGGUGCCUUUGGAAAGAGGCAGACCUCCUGCAGAACCCUUCAUUGACAUCAGCUGUGGAGGAUGGGACAUGAGUGACAGUCCUGAAAACCACAUUUAUCUGUGGGCCGUGUCGCAACAAGGGAAGGUGUGGUUCUGCACGGGAAUCAAGCACCAGAACCCUGAAGGUUCCGGCUGGGAGUCUGUCCAGGUGCCCAGAGAGGUGGCCCAGGUCAGCGCGGGGCCGAGAGACCUGCUGUGGGUUGUUCUCUGGGAUGGACAACUGCUGGUCAGAACGGGCGUCAGCAAAGACUGUCCUAAAGGUUCGUCGUGGGAGUUGGUAGAGUCCCCAAAUCAGAAAGGAGUUGUUCAUUGCGCAGUGGGCGUUGGUGUGGUUUGGGCUGUUACUAAGGACAACAAAGUUUGGUUCCGGAGGGGAGUGAAUUCCCACAAUCCCACUGGCUCAGGCUGGAUCAGUAUUGGUGGAGAGAUGGUGAUGCUAAGUGUGGGGCCCAAUGACCAAGUAUGGGGGGUUGGCAGCGAUGACCGGACGGUGUAUUUUCGUCAUGGUGUGACGGCCACAGAGGUGACGGGCAGGUCAUGGGUCGCUGUGUGUGCUCAGCUCGACUGCGGUGGAAUCACAAGCCAAUCCAGUGCCUGCACACUCAAUGAUGCCAGUGAGGUCACGGCUCCUUCCCAGGGAUCAGUUCUGGACACGGACGUUCCUAAGCCACGAGUCCCCAAGAUCACGAGCGACAGCUUCAUCACUGCCCUGGUGUCUGAUCGCUCUGACUCUACUGUACCUGAGGGAAACCAGGUGACGAGUCAAGGGCCCGAUUCCUCUAUCAUGACCCCGACACUUCCGUGCAGCCAGGCGGAUGGCGCUGAUACACCGUGGAGUAAUGUUGACUUGGAGGAGAUGAAGGGAUCCAUACCCAGAACCGCCCAGAGCUCUCUGGCCACGUACCCAUUUGAGCUGGAGCAGAAGACGGUGGAGCAGGAGGACGUGCCGCCCUGGGCCUGGGUCACCGGAGGAGGAUGUGACAUCGACUCCAGCUCACCCAUCAGCUGGCUGAACACCUCAGAUGCAGGACCCAUUUCUCCAUCCAUCACACCUGCCCUCAGUGUCACACACACACCCACAGAGAAAACUCCACACGACAGAGACUCGUCAGGAGACACGUUGCUUGACUCAGGAGGUGAAGGACUUGUGUGUGUGUGUCAGUGUGUGCGUGUGAUCAGAGGCUGUAUGUGUUGGUGGAGAGACUGGUCUCCUCAUCAGUGGGAGGAUGUGAGUUUGAUGCUGGAGCAGGUGAGAUGUGCUGGAGAUCAGACAGAGCACAUCCUCUACUUCUACUACACCCAAAACCACCAGAAGAAGUACGUGCACACGUUGAUAAAGGAGGUGACAGCACUGGUGCCUGUGUUCAGAGACUCUCUCUACACUAUGGCUGUGUACACGGCUGAACGCACUCGACAGAGACGUCCCAUUUUACUGGCAACUCACUCUCAACAAGACUACAAUACUUGGCUUUCUCUGUUGCAUGAGUCGUGCAGUGAAUCCAGAGGUCUGGGACAUUAUCUGUCUAAACAGGCCCUGUGGGCUGUGACCUCUAAAGGUGACAUCAUGGUCCAUGAGCCUUCACCCAGCCUGGAGGGUUCAGCUCAGUAUUUACCCUGUGAACAGAUGUUCUGGCGUCAGGUUCCGGGUCACCUGCUCUGUGUGGAGUCUAACAGUCUGGGUGUGGUGUGGGGUAUCGGUCACGAUCACACUGCUUGGGUCUACACGGGGGGCUUCAGGAGAGACUCUCCUCAGGGAAAUGAAAAUAUUGAGCAGACAAUAACUGAUGAUCGGGGCGUCUACGUCUAUGAGAACCAGCGGUGGAACCCGAUGACGGGAUACACAGAUAAGGGUCUUCCAACAGAUCGCUACAUGUGGAGCGAUGCAUCAGGUGUAAGAGAGUGUACCAAAGAGAACACCAACCCUCCCUCACCCCAGUGGAUAUGGGUGUCUGAUUGGACAGUAGACUACGGUGUCCCCGGAGGGUCAGAUAAAGAAGGCUGGCAGUAUGCUGCAGAUUUCCAUAUGACCUUCCAAGGUUACAAGACAAUGAAGGACUUUGUGCGACGCAGGCGGUGGGUGAGGAAGUGUCAGGUCGCUCUCACUGGACCUUGGCAGAACGUUCCUCCCAUCCCUCUGAGUGACAUCACCAUCCUCCCGUGUCUGACUCAGUGCAGCGUGGAGCAGGUUCCUCUGUGGGCCAUCAGCGAGAAGGGGGAUGUGCUGUGUCGUCUGGGGGUCACAGCUGAUAACCCUGCCGGUAACUCCUGGCUUCAUGUAGGGACAGAUCAGCCCUGUAAAUCCAUCUCCAUAGGUGGAGGUCAUCAGGUGUGGGCCAUUGCCAGGGAUGGUGCCAUCUUCUACAGGGGCUCUGUGUCUGCCCACAACCCAGCGGGUGAAUGCUGGUAUCACAUUCCCUCUCCACCGAGACAAACCCUCAAACAGGUGUGUGUGGGCAGAAUCUCUGUCUAUGCUGUGGAUGAAAACAGUAAUCUGUGGUACAGACAGGGGUUGACACCCAGCUAUCCUCAGGGCUCUGCAUGGGAACUCAUCUCCAGCAAUGUGUGCAAGGUGUCUGUUGGACCGCUGGACCAGGUGUGGAUAAUCGCUGAUAAAGUGGCAGGUUUUCCAUCAGAGAGUUCAGGAACUGUGUGCCACAGGCUGGGAGUGAAACCCAUGCACCCAAAAGGCCUGAGCUGGGACUUUGGCAUAGGAGGUGGAUGGGAGCAUCUGUCCGUGAGAGGAAACGCCACAGAAGCCCAGCGUGUGCUUCCCCGCAGUCCACUUCCCUGCCGGACAAAGAGCCAGGUGAACGGGAAUGCCGUGGGCCGCUAGACAUCGUGCACACACAGCAUCAUCUGCACAGAUAGACCGUACGUCCCCUUGUCCUUUAACCACAUGUGACUUGUUUCUUUUCUUAGUCCACCUGCCUGCACAAUAAACCUUGUUUUCAUGUUUUGUGGAAAGUUCUUUUGAGUUGUGACUCUGAAUGGUGUACGUUUAUGAUUUAAGUAGCCUUGUAAAGUAAACUUUUGUUUUGUCAUUUUUAAUGUUACGAGCAUGUCAUAUUUCUGUUACUGUCAUCUGUGUUUGUGAUUUUGGUUUGACAUUCUUGUAUGUCAACAUGAAACAACAUUUGCAACCCAUUGAACGUUCAUACCGUGAUGUCAUUAUUUAAAAGGACGCUGCAUUACUACAACAGCAGCCUAGAAAGCUACUUGGCCUCGACUGUUUCAAUAACCCGAUAACCCACAUGCUCACCUACAGCCGCUGAUAUCAGCAAAACAUCAAAAUUGUGUCAGAGAUGCAGAGUGACUUACAAGAUGUUACUAAUGGGGCAGGGACUCAGAUUGAAGCAUUGAAGCAAAGUUAACAAACAGGACCUUGCUAUUUU